AUGGGGAUGGAGAGUAGGGAAACAAAAGGUGAAGAAAUGGCAGAUCAAAUGCUCGCGAAGAGAAGGUGCUGCUCCUGGUUGCCUUGUUUCGGUUCGGACGACAAAUCUAAUUCAGACGGUGGAGGCGCCGCCGCUUUGUGUUGGAGCAAAGGGUGGAAUGUGCUAUUGAAGAUCAGGGAGUGGUCGGAAAUUGUGGCUGUGCCGCGCUGGAAGAAAUUUAUUCGCCGCUUCAAGAAGAACAACGACGAGAAGGGAGGUGACGGUGGAGGUUGUGGUGGUGGAGUAGGGUUGAACAAUAAGGGCAAAUUCCAAUAUGAUCCCUUGAGUUACGCGCUUAACUUCGAUGAAGGGCCUGCGCAGAGUGAUUAUCCGGAUAAGGACUCUCUCUACCGGGAUUUCUCCUCCCGGUACGCAUCCAUUCCCAUUUCUGUCAAGUCCUCCAUGGAUUUCGGCAGCGACGCCCCCUCCUUCUCGAGAAGAUGA